GUCGCGCGCCGUGGGCAAUCUCCAUGGAGUCGUGUCCUGGAUCGUCCACAACAGCGCAGCCGCCGCAGCUCAUCGCGGACGGCGCGGUCUAUUUCUUACAUCAGGUCAAGCAAGAGUUCGCAGAUCGCCCAGACGUGUUCAAGGAGUUCCUCGGGAUCAUGAAGCAGCUCCAGAGUGAAGCGUACUGACAUGACAAGAAUCAAUCGCUGCGUUUGCAUCGAUGUGGCUCUCGUUAGGAUCGACACGCCAGCUGCCAUGCGUCUUGUAUCGACGCUCUUCCACGAUCACCCCGACCUUCUCGUUGGGUUCAACACCUUCCUUCCUCCCAAUCAGCACAUCCAGCCAAAGCCCCUGGCGCGAUCGACCUCGGCACAUGCGCAGACGCCAGCUGCAGACUCGAUGUCAGCGCACCCGACGACGAACCAAGGGCACGUCUACCUUGAACAGGUGUCCUCUAUGGAAGCUGCGUGUCUAAUCAGGAGAAUGCUGUCUUGCAUGCGAUCUAGGUCAAGCAAGCAUUCGCCGACCAACCAGACCGUUUCAAGCAGUUCAUCGCGCUUGUCAAGGAGUUCCAAGCCGAGCGAAUCGACACGAGGGACACCUUGCGCCGCGUGGCCGCACUCUUCGCGGGCCACCCCCGUUUACUCGACGGGUUUCGCGCAUUUCUGCCGCCGGGAUAUCCGCUUCCUCCCGAUAUCGCUGCAUUGUAUCAAGUCAAACCCCCACUUGCCAAACAAAGUUGACAUGCCAUCAGUGCAAUGUCGAAAUUUCGACAACCUCUUCAUCUACUAACACAACAUGCAGCGAAACCUGGCAUCUCUUCGAUCAGUUGCAAGAAUCACGACAGUUUUGCU